AUCUGACACUCACAGCUACGGCCUUUCUCUAUCUAUCUCUCUAGAUUCCUCAAAUCUCGACAAUGUCUGCCAUGGCAAAAACCAAUCAUUCAUCAUAACCAUCAUCAUUAUCAUAAUCAUUAUCUCAUUGAUUGGUCUCAAACCCUAAUUUCAUCAAAACCUCCUUGACUCGUUUCUGUAAUGUUAGGGUUACUCCAUUUAUGAGUGACACCCAGCUUCUUCUUCUGAAAUCACAGCUCAUCGAUGUCGAAAGAAGCCUCUUCUGUUCGAUUCCUCGCUCGAAACGAUUCGAAGAACACACCAACGGAAGGAAACGAGAAUGAGUUCGAAAACGAAUCAAAUUUAAUUAAUUUUCCACCUCCGAGAACACCUCUGAACGCAAUUCCAGAUCCUUCUCAAUACCAGAGAGAACCUCAAGAGCUCGAUUUUGAAGGUAGCCGAGUAAAUCGAUCAUCAGAUAAGAAAAUCGAACAAGUUUCUGAUAUUCAGUUGGCGCUGAACAAAGCAAUCGGAAAUGUGGGUGGUUCGAAUUACGCAACUCCUAGGGUUUCUGGUCGAGGAAAAGCACAUUCUGAGCCAAACUCAGCGCAAAGUACUCCUGCGAGGAGGGUUUCGAAUAUUGGAGCAUCAUCAGUGGUUUGUGCUGGGCUUAGGCCUCCUCAGCACUCUGGAGCUAGAGGGGGGAGCUCUUCUAGGGUAUAUAGAGGGAUUCCACUAGUGAAUUCUGAGCAGUUCAUUGAAGUCCCAUACUUUGAGCUUGUGGAAGAUCCUUCAUUCUGGAAGGACCACAAUGUGCAGGUUUUGAUACGACUUAGACCUCUAAGUAAUACAGAGAUGGUAUUUCAAGGAUAUGGCCGAUGCCUGAGGCAGGAGAGUGCCCAGACCUUGGCGUGGCUUGGCCAUCCUGAAAUUAGAUUUACGUUUGAUCAUAUAGCUUGUGAAAUGAUAUCACAGGAAGAGCUCUUCAGGGUUGCUGGAUUGCCUAUGGUUGAUAAUUGCAUGUCUGGAUAUAAUAGCUGCAUGUUUGCUUAUGGCCAGACGGGUAGUGGGAAAACAUACACCAUGAUGGGUGAGAUAUGUCAGAUGUAUGGCAAGCUUAAUGAAGAUUGUGGGAUUACUCCCCGUGUUUUUGAAUAUUUAUUCACAAGGAUUAGAGAGGAAGAGGAGAACAAAAGAGAUGAAAGACUGAAGUACAGCUGCAAAUGUUCCUUUCUAGAGAUAUACAAUGAGCAGAUAACAGACCUCCUAGAACCUUCAUCGACCAAUCUGCAACUCAGAGAAGACUUAAAGAAAGGGGUGUAUGUUGAAAACCUUACAGAACAUAGCGUGAAAACCGUUAAUGACGUUCUCAACCUUCUAUUACAGGGUGCUGCAAAUAGGAAAAUGGCAGCAACCAAUAUGAAUAGCGAGAGCAGCCGGUCUCAUAGUGUCUUCACAUGCACGAUUGAAAGCCACUGGGAGAAAGAUUCCAUGACCCACCUUAGGUUUGGAAGGUUAAAUUUAGUAGAUCUAGCUGGUUCAGAAAGGCAGAAAAGUUCUGGUGCAGAAGGAGACCGUUUGAAAGAAGCGGCAAAUAUAAACAGAUCUUUGUCAACUCUUGGCCUGGUGAUAAUGUCCCUGGUGGAUUUAGCACAUGGGAAACAUAGACAUGUACCGUACAGGGACUCUAGACUUACAUUUCUACUUCAGGAUUCUCUUGGUGGGAAUUCGAAGACAACCAUUAUUGCAAAUGUUAGCCCAUCUAUUUGCUCUGCAAAUGAGACAUUGAGCACUCUGAAGUUUGCUCAACGUGCCAAACUUAUACAGAACAAUGCUAAAAUAAAUGAAGAUGCUUCAGGUAAUGUAACAGCAUUGCAGCGGCAAAUCCAACAGUUACAGGGCCAGUUGUCUUUCUUGAUGAAACAUUAUGACAUUUCAAGGUCUGUGCCAAGUUAUCAGCAAUCUAGAUUGGCUGGUUUAUCAGAGGAAUAUGAAUCAUCAGGGGAAAGAAAUACAUGUGAUGAUCAUAACACACUAAGCAUCCCCAAAAGGAAGGCAAAAUGUUUGGAAGCUUCUUUACUUGGUGCCCUCAGAAGAGAGAAAUUGGCUGAGACUGCAGUGAGGAGAUUAGAGGCUGAAAUCGAACAAAUGAACCGCUUAAUUCUGUUGCAGGCUCAACAAAGGGAAGAAGAUGCUCAGCGUGCCAAAAUGGUGCUAAGGUUCCGCGAGGAAAAAAUUAAAAGACUUGAAUUGUUUGCAGACGGUUUAGUCUCUGCCGACAAGUAUCUCAUGGGGGAAAAUAAUAAUCUAAAAGAAGAGAUUCAGCUUCUUCAAGAAAGGAUUGAUAGAAACCCAGAAGUGACCCGGUUUGCAUUAGAGAACAUUAGGCUCCUCGACCAGCUAAGAUUGUUUCAAGAAUUCUAUGAACAAGGAGAGCGAGAAAAAUUGCUUGCCGAAAUUUCAGAGUUGCGAGAUCAGCUUCUGGAAAGUCUUGAAGGAAACUGUGGCAAGCAUAAAUUUCCUUUGAGAACAGAAAAGCAGGAUAAUGAUGCUGUGAAGGAGCUGGAAGACUACAAGAAUAUCAACUCCAAACUGAUAAGGGAAGUUGAUGAAUUACAAGCAGAACUGAGAAAAUACAGUAACCAAGUUGUAUGUGAUUCGGUUACAGAUUCCGUAGUCAAGGAUCUGGAGGAAUUCAAGCAAACAGACAAAUACUCAUUGGAUGAAACCAUAUCAAUCAGAAGUGAUUCAGGAGAUGAUAUGACAUCUUACAAUCAGCCAGAGGAUGAAAUUCUGCAGAAUAAAAAUGACGAGAAGAUUAGUGAUGGUUUAGCUAUGCAGUCUAGUUACCCUUAUGAAGAGCUGAUGCUUGCAAGAUCCUUAAUUAAAACAAUGGAAUCUGAGCAGGUCCGCUUAAUCAAAGAGCUGCAGUUUAUGCAGAAGGAGAAUCAUAGAUACAUGGAAAUCCUAAGCAAUAAGGACGUGGUAGACAGAGAAUCUGUGCUUAAGCUUGAAAGCCACUGUAAAGAAACAAGUAAUUUAGAAAAUCAAAAGCAGGCUUUGGUGAUGGGAAGCAGCAAAGACAUCAGCACAGCAGCUUUGCAAGCUAAGUUGGACAGGAUGACCAAGGAACUUGAGGAGGCUCAAUUACUUAAUUGCCAAUAUCAAGAGGAUCAGUCAUCGCAGCUAUCUCAGAAGCACCAAAGUGAAUUAGUCUGCGAGCAAGUUGAGAUGGAAACAGCAAAAACAAUUCUUCAUUUACAGGAAGAGGUGGCUGCUAUUCAGUCAGAACUUGAGGGGAGAUUAUGUUACACAGCUGAAGAAAAUAUGAGACUGAGAGACACAGUAGCAGCUAAAGAGGAUGAAAUAAGGGCAUUGUGCAUGGAGUGGGAAAGGGCAACUUUGGAGUUAACAAGCUUCCUAAUAGAAGGCUCUAAAUCCCUCAGGGAUGCCUCUGGCCAGAUAGAAAGUAUUGCUUAUUCAUUUCCUCAUGUUAAUGAUUGGCUUGGUGAACAUGUUGAAAGAGCUGCUAAAGUUUGUGUCGAGAAGGAAGAAACAAUUCUACUGUUACAAAAAAGCCUGGAAGAUGCACAAAAUAUGGUAUUGGACAUGGAACAGAAGUUAAAUUCCUUGAAGGGAGCAACAGUGGCUUUAACUGAAGUUCAGCAGAGAGAAAAUGAUGCAAGCACUACGGAGACAAUUCAGUUGUCUGCGCUGUUAAAUUCUAAACUCAAUAAGAUAGAUAUGCCAGAGAACAGACUCAUGUACACGGAUGAUCAGAUCACUGAACCAGAAAGUAGUGCCAAUGCUGUAUUCCUAGGGGAGAAGAGAAUAUCUGAUAGUGUGGAGGUUUCUCUCAGAAAUACUACUGAAGGACAUAUUCCCAUGUCAAAAUCUGCUACACCAUCUGAAAUGGGAAGCCAACAGAUUUCUGAGAUGAAGGUCCAUGGAAAUGCUUUGUCACUAGAAGAUAUCAAAAGUCAGGUUGAGCUGGCAAGGCUGGUACUGUUGGAAACUGAGAAUGAUAUUUACACAUCGUGUGCCGAUGCAGAAAUGUAUAUAUCAUCACUUCAAAGUGACAUCCACGAAGCUUCUUCUCUUUAUAGGGAGUUGGUUCGGGGUUUUGUGGAAAACAUUCAUGAGAUGAGAAAGAACUUUGUGGUGUUGAAGGAGAACUGUAGAAAUCGUCAAGUUCAGACAGUGAAAAUUCCAUCACUGGAAGCCCGUGAGAUUCCAAAGCAUGAAAACCAGUAUUUUCUGCUACAUCAAAUAAGAGAUGAACUAGCUGAGACAAAUGACAGACUGAAUACAAUAAAUGCUUGCAUCAAAAAAAUAUUGAAUAUGUAUGAUUGCCCAGUUAGAGCUGAAGAUUUAGUAAUAAUAGAUAAAUGGAGUGCAAUUUGUUCGGGCUCUGAUUUUUCAGCUGAAUUUGUCGCUCCAGAAUUGAGUUUGGAUGGGUCUUCAUCUACCUGCUGCUAUGGUACCCCUGGAGAAAUAACUGAACAAACUUUGGACCAAGAGUUCAGAGGAGGCUCAAUUUUGUCCACUGAUGAUCAAGAAUCAGAGAAGUCAGAAGGACUUGUCCAAAGUUCAAUUUGCGACGAAACAAUAAUCUUGUGCUUGAGAAAGGAACUCAAGAAGGCCAAUGAUGCUUUCAAUAAGUUAAAUGUUCAGUUAGCUGCCCUUUUCCAUGAGAAGGAAAUUAGAAAUUACAGAGAAUCACUUGGUUUUGUGAAUAUUAAUGAACAACAGAUAUGUAGGAAUGGGCUUAAUCAGCACAAAAACUUGGAAUUGACUCCAGCGCUUCAACCUUCUGAGUUGAUACUGCUGGAAGCUGAAGCGGACUACUGUAAUAUGAGAGAGGCCAGUGGCUUCUUCACCAAAUUGGAGGAGGCUGGUGCAACCAUGGAAGAAGCUGAUGUUAUGUUAAAUACAUUGCUGAAGGCAAAUGAAAGUGCAAAACAAUUGACUGGUAUGUGGAAACAAACAGGAGAGGAAUUGAUGACGGAGAAAGCAAGCUUGAUUAAUGAAAUCGAACGACUCCAAUUGUUAAUCCGUUUGAAAGAUGGACAGAACGAAAUGCUGCUGGAUCAGAUUCAUUACAGUUUGCAAGAAACUGCGGAUUCAAUAUCCUUACUCGAAGGGUCUUUUCUGCGCAUGCAAACAGAUGUGGAUGAAAUGUUCAAGGUAAUAUACGGUGAUGCAUUGACAAUGGCACAGGUCAUAUUGAAUUGCUUUUGCAAGUCAAGAUCAUCUUUGGAAGACAUUUUCUGUGAGACAAUGGGGCAAGGAUUUGCCUCAUUUGUGCUGUACCAGUGCCAUGUUGGAGGAUCUUUCCGCAAAUUCCCCAGCUUCACAGUAGAUCCCGGUUUCCAUCAAGCCAGACCCCAAGAAGGCUGUUUAUUAAUGAACAGCUCAGGAAGUGAAAAUGAUACUCUGGUUAAUGGUGUGAAUGGUGGAGAGAAAGCGGAUCAAAGUGCAGUUUUCAAAAGAUUGGAUGAGAGGGAGUUGGCACAUGAUAAUCUGUUGGAUGAAAAUGUGUUGCUAAAGAAAGAAUUGGAGAGGAAAGAAGUUGUAUUGAAGGGUUUGCUUUUUGAUUUUAGCUUGUUGCAAGAAUCUGCUUCCACCAUAAAGGACAUGAAAGAUGAAACUGAAAAAUUAAUAGUGGUUUUGAGCCAAGUACAGCAAGAGCUACAGAUGAAAACAAAUCAGCUCAAUGAUGUGUUGGUUCAGCAUACAAAACUUGAAGAUCAGUUGGCUGAUACUGAAACUGCUUUGUUUGUCUCAAAUUCUGAUCUUGAGCAGGCUAAGGGAACAGUAGACAUUUUAUCAAACCAAAUUGCUGAGUUGAGAGUGCUCUUGAAAGAUCUUUACCUCAGAAAAUCAGAAGUUGAAGAGCAAUUGGAGGAACAGCAGGAGGUAGUCAAAAGUUUAGAAGAAGAAAUUCUCCGUAUGAAUUCUUCGACAGAGAAAAAAUUAAUCUCUUCAAUUGAAGAUAUGGAGGAUGAUUUGAGGAGGGUUACCAUUGAGAGAGACCAACUCCGAGAACAAGUUGGCACCCUCCAAGAUAAGCUUGAAAUGGCCUAUGCAAUAGCUGAUGAAAAUGAAGCUAAUGCUGUUGAAGCCCGGCAGGACUCGGAGGCAAGUAAAGUAUAUGCUGAGCAAAAGGAAGAGGAGGUUAAGAUUUUAGAACAUUCAGUCCAGGAGCUUGAGUGCACCAUUAAUGUAUUGGAGAAGAAGGUGUAUGAAAUGGAAGAGGAUGUAGAAAAACAUGAGUUGAUAAGAGAGUCCCUAGAAUUGGAACACCAAGCGCUGAAAAGUAGAAUGCUAACAGUUGAAAACUUCACUGAAAGUAUGGGUUCUGAAAACUCAAAUGUCGAACAACAACCUGAAGAUCAACUGUCUAGACAGCUGCAUAAUAGAUCCCUGGAACUUCACGAGGCACGCAAGCGGAUAAGACUUCUUGAAGAAGAAGGAGCAGAGCAGGCUAAAGAGAUGAAACAAUGCAAAGAGUACAUCUCUGAACUAGUUUUGCAUGCUGAAGCACAGGCAUCACAGUAUCAACAGAAGUACAAGACCUUGGAGGCAAUGGUUCGUGAAGUGAGAAGCGAUUCAUCAACGUUGAUACCUGCAACAUUGACAUCCGAUAAAACAGAGCAGAUGAAUUUGGAGAAGGAUCAGGAGUUGUCAGUGGCCAGGUUUCGUAUAGAAGAGCUAGAGGCAUUGGCAGCUAGUAGGCAGAAAGAGUUAUGUAUGUUGAAUACUAGAUUGGCUGCAGCUGAGAGCAUGACACAUGACGUCAUUCGUGAUUUACUUGGUGUUAAGUUGGACAUAACUAAUUAUGCAAACUUGAUAGACCAAUAUCAGCUUCAAAAAUUAGUGGUGGACGCUCAGCAACAAGCACAAGAGUCCAUUGCAACGGAGCAAGAAAUUCUCAAUCUUAGGAGGAAGAUCAAUGAUUUAGUUGAGGAAAGAGAGGGAAGCAUAUCAGAAGUAAAUAGAAGACAUGCAGAUAUGCUUGAUGCUCAGAUCACUAUUGAACAACUACAAGAAAGAGAUCAGUUGCUCACUGCACAAAAUGAAAUGUUGAAGGUGGACAAUAGCAAUUUGAAGAGGAGGAUUGUGGAAUUGGAUGAGAUAGUGAAGAAACUAUUUGCAGCACAAAAUGCCCCGCUGCGCUUCCAACAGCAGAUGAAGAUCAAGGAGAACAACUUGUUGAAGCAGCAAGGUGAUGCUGAUCUUAACAGGCGGCUAUCAAAGUCUGAAAAAAUUCUUUCACGAGUGAACAAUGAACUGGCUCAGUAUCGUAAAUCUGAUGGCAGAGAUGCACACGACAAAUUGGACGGGCCUGUGAUAGAAAGAAGAAUCAGGAAGCAGAAGACCUAGUUUUGAUUAUAUUCUUCAAAGGAACUGCGUAAGGCUCAUUUUGGUUGAAUUGCAAAUUCGUAUGGCAUGCCACCAUGUUUUUUCAUUCAUGAGUGAUAGAGGAGAGGGGACUGUUUAGGCUUGCUCUUCCAUACAAAUAGAAGGUAAUUAUAUUACAGUUUCUUCAAUAUUUUCCUGCUAAUUGUUUUUAGUGCUGUUCAGAACAUCAAUUCCGUACUCAAAACCAAGUGGAUGGUUACAAAAGAUAAUUGUUACGACUGAAUUAUCAGCUUCUGGCACAGGAUAACAAUACAAUAAGAUUGCUCCAUGACGAACUCCCAUGUUCUAUUUAAGUUAACCUUUUUGUUUUUCAUUAUUUAUAUAUGUAGUUUUUUUUUCCCUUCUUCUAAAGAUUCCAGUGAUUUUACCGAGCAACUAUUAAUUACCUUUAUCAUUUUG